CAAAGAUGGCUCUGAGCUGGAACCGCGUGGAGUUGCAGUCUUGCAUCAAGUUCGUUUCAGCAAAGUAUGCAUCUAUAGGGCGACAUGCGGCGACGAUGGCAUGGUCUGCUGGCGCUUGCUCUGUUGGCAUUUGACGCAUUUGACGCGUCGUUUGUCGGAGCCAAAGAGAGCUCGAGAAGCUCCCGGCCGUCCCGGCUGGUCGCGCGGGCCUCGGUGUGGCAGAUGGGGGGUUUGACGGGCCCCGGGGCCCGGGAGCUGACGGCGGAGUUCCGGCGCUGCUACCGGGAGAACCCCUUCCCCGAGAAGCUGAGCUUGUUCUUCCCCGACGCCGAGCGCAUCAUCGGCACGUUCUACGAGCAGAACUACAGCAGCCCGGAUUUCUUGGGCACCGUGGACCGAGUCUUCCGGCAGCUACACGCCUGGCCCUCCGCUUGGCCAGUCUUGGAACAGCUCCUGGACUUGGAGCAUCCCUGGUCGCGGCCCUACUGUGAGCAGGUCAUCGCGACAGGCGAGUGGUCGCCCUUCGACUUCGUGUCAGUGUCGCUGGAGACGCUGCGGCCGCUGCAGCGGUACCCGCUGUCGGAGCUGCGCGCGCAGUCGCUGACGGGGUUCAAAGUGCUGGACCGCUGGCUCCGGGCGCUGGAGCACGAGGAGCACGACGACCCCGAGACCCGGCGCUUGCUCCAGGCCUUCAAGGCCCAGGACGAGGUGAAUGCGGCCGAGCAGGUCAUGCGGCUGAGGCCCCUCGAGGACCUGUUGGAGUACCAGCUUUUUCGAGUUCUCGCACAAGUCUUUCGGGCUUGCGACGCCACCGGCUCCGAGGCCAUGACGGCCAUCGUGACUGCGAGGGACGCGCGGCAGCGGACCAUUCUGCACGUGGCAGCGGAGCAGGGCACGUCGCGGCUGGCGGAGCUUUUUCUGAACGCCGUGACACCCUCCGAUCGAAGCUUCUUCGCACAGGCCACAGACUACGGAGGCUACACGGCGGAGGACUUGGCGCGCUUGGCUGGCUUCACGGAGACAGCUAAGAAGAUUCGCGAACUAGGCGGAGAGGCGAAGAGCGUCGCCCCGGCAGAGGCCUGGAAGCUCUUCCCGCAGGAGGAAGGCGGCCAAAGCUUGCCAAAGGACUCCGGUGGCUGGAAGGAGGAUGAGACAGGUGUCCCGGCCGAAUGGCUGGGGGAUGGACGUACGGAGAUCGACUCGAUCAGCGCGUCGCAGUUCGAGUGGGAGACCUUUGAGAAGCACUACGUGGCGCCACGGCGGCCGCUGCUGAUCAAGGGCGGGGUGCGGAUGAGCGUGAGCGACCGCCGGAAGUUCACGCGGGAGGGCCUCGUGGAGGUGGCGGGCUCCCGCAAAGUCACGGCCUACGCCACGCCCUACGAGAACGACUUCCGCGAGGUCCAGGCUGUGGAGAUGUCCGUGGAGGACUACGCCAGCUUCCUGGACCACCGCUUGGACGACCUGCAGGAGCCGAAUCUGAGCUACGUCUUCGAGCGGCUGCCGGAGGAUGAGGGCCCGCUGGGCUUCGCACGCAGCCCGCCGAAGCUCCUCGCGGACCACGUGAAGCUCCGCUCCGCGCAGUUCGUGUGGGGCGGCAGUCUGAUGGGUAGCCCCCUGCACCACCACGUGGAUGCCGUGAAUUCCUUGCUCUACGGCCGGAAGCUAUGGUUCCUGAAGCCUCCAGCGCAGCAAGAGUUCCGCAAGACGGUCGUGUACCAGGAUUUGAUGAAGGGUGGCCCACAAGGUCUGCGAGUCAUGCAACAGGGCGGCGACUUGCUAUACGUACCGCAGGAUUGGGCCCACGGAGCGCUGUGCCUGAACCAGUGCAUUGGCCUGGCGCACGAGUUCGAUGUGAAGUCGCAGACGUCUCCCGUGCCUGUGGAGACUGUGACUGCUGGCCUUGGAGUAGCCGCUGCUGGCGUGGCUUUUUUCUCCGCUGCCAUCAUUUAUUGGCUAGUAACACACGUUUGAAGCGAG